AUGCUACAGCCAUCGCUACACACUGACUAUAUGACCCGGACUAAGUCCAAUGAGCCUGAGCUCACUGUCAAUCUCACUGAGCCCGCGGUGUUCAUACCUACAUACACGCAUAAAUCUGCCGUCCUGAGGGGUUUUUGUGAAUUGAAGGUUAAGGAGACGUUAAUGGUGAAGAAAUUAACAGUCAAUUUUAGCGGGGUUUCUCAUGUACACUGGCCUCAUGGUCUUCAUGAUUCGAAGACCAUCACAGAUUGUACACUGACGGUGUUCGGUCCGGAUAUCUCAGGGACUGGACCCCAACACCAUGCCGAUCAGGAAAAUCUAGGAAUGUUGGAAACGGGUACCACGGAAUGCAAUACAUCGCGCCAAAAAUGCAGAUUGUGGGGCACCAUCACGAACAAGUUAUGUUCGAAAUGCAAAAGUACCGCCGCGCCUGAGUAUCAGCUAUUGAAACCCGGUACCUAUACUUACAACUUCGAAAUGAUAUUGCCCCCUCAGUUGCCAGAGUCUGUUAAUGUACGGCGAAGCCACGUUCGAUAUAAUGUCCGAGCAUGUCUAGAAUUCCCAGGGCAUUUCAGGCAUAGCAUCAUCAAGAACAUGCCAAUCGCUGCCAUCCAUUGUCCGGCAGAGGAUUUCGUGGAGGAUGCAGAGCCGGUUUACAUUGCCCGGUCCUGGAAGCGUUUGCUCCGAUGCGACAUCCUCAUGUCGAGAAGAGGCGCUCCUCUCUGUCAUAUAUUACCUGUGACUGUGUCUUUUGCCGAGCUGGCCAACACGAGGUUCCAUGGUUUGCAAAUCUAUAUUGCAGAGAACGUUCAGUUCCUCCGAAAAGAUGGUCUUGUUUCCUGCCUUGGACCUUUCAAGAGGAGACUCUUAUAUGAAGCGGCAGAAGACUUUGUACCCACUUUGCCGCCCUAUAGGUUGGGUGAAGACGAUGACCACCUUUCAGAAAAAAGCAGCUGUGGUGUACAAGAGAGUGUGGUGCUGUCGGAGUGCGAGGACAAACCCCCGACCUCCGAGGGCAUGACGCUGAAUAUCGACUUGGCAUUACCCACCUGCCAGGACCAUUCGGACGAUAAUUGGAUGCACUUUAGCACUGAGUAUAAGAGCGUGAGAGUGUACCAUUGGCUUGAUUUUGUGUUUUCCAUGUCCAGACAUGGGGCGCCGCCGGUCGUGCAGAAGAUCGCCAGGGUUCCACUAUCGCUGCGAUCCUGCUAUGCACAACACGCCAACGCAUCCCUGCCAGCUUAUUCACAAACAUGUGAAAUAAAGCCGUUGAACACAGUUCCCGCCGAGGGAUCUUUUGACCAAGGAUAUUCUGAUCAAGACCAGCAUUGGUGGUCGGAAAACGACCGUAGAUAUUCUGUUUCUUGA